AUGCAGCUGGAAUUGGUUUGGGUUUUGCCCACGGUGCUGCCCUUGGAGGCUGAGAAGAAGACCGUGCAGAUUGAUGCAGAAAAGGCUGAAGAAGAAGAAGAUAAACGAAAGGUGAAGGUGGUUGCUUUCAGCUCGGAGACCUCGCAGGGUGGGAGGAACUAUCGGAGCGAAGGGACUGAGGUGGAGACCCCGAAGAGCACCCUGGAGAACAAGGUCUUCUUGAAGCGUGACGCCUGGCAGAUGACGGGCAUCGGCAUGGAAGAAGAUUGGUCUCCUCAACGCUACAUCAUGACCUCGCAGUCCUUGAAGAAGAGACAAGAGAAUAUCUUGAUGCGAGGCUCCAAGACACGGGACCUGGUUCUCCUCUCCCAGCUGAAUUGCUGCCACUGGGACGUCCCAUCCCACCAUCCGCACCCAUCCGCCUUUGCUGGGAUGUGGCCGGGCUUCUUCUCAUUUUGUACGACAUUUGCGCUAUCCCAUUGGAGGCCUUCAACUUCCCCAGGGUCAUUUUGCAGGACAUCAUGGACUGGACUGCUUUGGUCUUUUGGACCUUGGACAUGGUCUUCAGCUUUGGCACGGGCUACUACCACAACGGCCAGCUGA